AAAGAUCAUAAGGUGAAUGGUGGCGCGGGGCUUAUCCAAGGCAGCAGCAGAGCGAAGGAAGUAGAAAUGCACUCUCACUCACACCCACAUACCUUGCCACGCCCACAUUCACUACUCCCUUCUUCUUUUCUUCUUCUUCUUCCUCCUUCCUCUCUCCGCAUCUCCAACACUAAGAGGCUGCAAUCCUCAACUUUCGCCCUCUCCCAAAAUGAAACAAAAUUCCCAACGCAGCCUUACAAGAAUUCCAACAAUUCGCCUCAAUCACUUGCUCACAUCUCCAAUUGCAAAUUCCCCUUGGCUCGGCCCCUUGUUUCUUCUUCUCAUCCCCCUAGUACUAAUUCAUCCACCAAGCUUCUCAACUCUAUGCUGCUCUUCGCCUUCCUCACACUUCAACCCUCUUAUCCUGCACUUGCUGCUUCUUCUGACUUCUCCACUAUAUUUGGGGAUAUUGGUGACUUAAGCACAGGUUUUGCUUCAGCGUUUCUGCUAAUAUUUUUCUCUGAACUGGGAGACAAGACCUUUUUCAUUGCAGCGCUACUAGCAGCUAGGAACUCAGCUGGUGUUGUUUUUAUUGGAACAUUUGGCGCACUUGCGGCAAUGACUCUGAUAUCUGUUGUCCUUGGACGAACCUUUCAUUAUGUUGAUGAAAUCUUGCCAUUCAGGUUUGGAGAAACUGAUUUACCCAUUGAUGAUAUUGCUGCUGUUUGCCUAUUGGUGUACUUUGGGGUCUCUACCCUGCUGGAUGCCUCAUCUAGCGAUGGCCAAAAAUCAGAUGAAGAGCAGAAGGAGGCAGAACUAGCAGUUUCUGAAUUUUCUGGAAAUGGUGCUGGGAUACUAUCUGCUGCUAGCACAGUUGCCAGUACUUUUCUCUUAGUUUUUGUUGCUGAAUGGGGCGACAAGUCAUUUUUCUCCACAAUUGCCCUUGCAGCAGCUUCUUCUCCCCUUGGAGUCAUAGCUGGAGCACUGGCUGGUCAUGGUGUUGCAACUUUGCUAGCUGUACUUGGGGGUUCUUUACUUGGGACGUAUUUGUCAGAGAAGGUUAUUGCCUACAUCGGAGGUGUUCUCUUUCUCGUCUUUGCCGCAAUAACCUUAUUUGAAAUUGUGCAAUAGGGGUUAAAAGAAAUGCAAUAUAAUCUCCGUGCAAAGGGUUCAAGAACGUAAUGACCUCUAGAGUUGUAUGAUUCUGCACUCUCCAUUUAUGGCGGCUACAGAAGGAAAACAAAAUGUACUAUAAUCCUGCAUCUGUUUUAGGAAUAGACUUUUACCUUUCAAUGCAAUCCUCAUAAAUUAUGUCAUGCUAGUCAUUGAAAUUUUGUAAUUUCAUUUUAAACGAACAUUUUAAUUAACAUAAAUUAUGUGAAACAUGAUUUAAUUGUUGAUAAUUAUUCCGUGUAUUAUACUGGUAUUUGUAAAUGGACAUGAAAUGUAAAAAGUAUUAUAUAUUUUAAGAAACUU